UAACUGUGUUUCUCGUAAAUCGAACCCUUGACCUUAUUAUGUGAAUAAAUUUCGUUGGUUUUAGUUUCCAACUGAUCCGCUUAUAUUUUGUGGAGUUUUGAGUGUGAUACGGUAUUUGUAAACAUUGAACAUUGACGUCUCUGGUCUAUCCUGUUCGUCUCCUUCAUCAUCAAACCCUAGAAUCUUAAACCCUAACCCUAACGCCUCUACGACGCACUGUCCAUUCUUCUCCUACGACUCCGAGAGCCACACCGCCGCCGGCGAAGACCAACCGGCUGCGAGGAACGGUGUUGUUUGUGCUAUUUCGGAAUUGGAACUCCAUUUGCUUUGACAUAUCAAAACACAAUCUCUGAAUUCUCUAUCUGCAAAUCUAUCUUCUCUGUCUGUUUCUGUCCGAAUCUAACGGAAUCAACUUCAGCAGUGUUCUACAUUGACCUACCCGUGCUUUUGUCACAAAAUGAGAGGCUCAGAUAUCGGUUCUCAAAAUGGUUAGGGAUGAAUGUUAGAUGACUGGCCAACUGAAGACUAAGUUAUUCAUUGACAACUAGAUUUCUACUGAAUAUCUAGACUUCCAUUGUGGGAUUUAAGUACAAAAAUGGAUCCUUUUGAAGAUUUAUUUUCUGAGCCUUCUGCCACUGUUGCAGCUCGGGUGGGUCAAAAGUUUAAACCCAAGGCCAAACCUCGGCCUAGAAAAGAAACAUCUGCAUCUGUUCCUUUGGUGGUAACUAGUGAUACAAAGGGAAAGGUUGAAAUACUUUGUGCUACUAGCUCAGAAACGACAAAAUCCACUCUGCCUGUUGGUGUGGUGGAUGAUGGAUUGGAAAUCCCACAUGGUUCUUGUUUAGCUAUCACAGCUGCUAAUGGGACUACAGAGGCACUAGAAAAUUGUGAAGAUUUCUUAUCAAGUGGUCUAAAGGAUAUAACAGAAACAAAAAACGACUCAACCGAUGUUGUUGCCCCUAAUUGGCAUCUUGGUUUUGUUGAUGGUUCCCAUCAGGAGGUUGCAGCAUCCAACAUAGGUGUCAAUGAGCAUUCUGGAUUUAGAAAACCUGAAAGUGAGGCUGACCUUUUGCACCUUAACGUCGAUCCUUUCACUGACAAUAAUGUGGAGCCAGAUGCAAGUAACCUUAGGGCAGGUAGCGAACAGGAAACUUUUCCAUCAAUCCCUUCAACUCUUCCUGAUACAAUAGAGGAAGAGCCAGUUGGCUUGGACAGUUUGGAAUUUUCUCAACAUGGUGAUGUUGGAAAAUCAGCAAAGAAGGUAGAUUCUGUACAGUUCGAUUCGGACCCUUUUGGUGAUAUUCUCUUUGAGCCUGCCACAAGCAACACUUGCACUAGUCACAAGUUUCGACCCAAGCCAAAGCCACAGCCUAGAAAGGGAUCACCUACAGCAGUUGCUUCAACUCUGCCAAGUGUGAUGGGAAGUCCCAACUUAGAUACUGUACAGUCUGUUCAGUCUGUUGAUGUUGGAAAGGGUAGAUUAGCUGAUCAAGGUGAAUCGUCUUUAGCUACGUCAGAGAUCCUUGGGAGGAAAGAGCCAUUGAAAAGUAUUGAGGAUCCAUGUUCAAGUGUUUUAUUGUCCGAUACCAGCAGAAGCUUGUUAUUAGGUGACUCUUCUCAAUCACUUCCUGUGGAUGCUCUGCAACCGGAGGUUCCAGUUCUUGAUGGAAGUGGAGAUUGGCAUUCUAGCUUUGGAAAACCUGUGGGAGAGAAUGCAGACUUCUUUUCUGGACUUGAAUGUCUUGAUGAUUUUCUUACUCAACCUACAAGUGGAAUGGCAAGGGAUGCUAUCAAGUCCCAUUGUAAGGUAGAUAUGGAUAUCCAGCACAAAAACAAGUUCUCAACAUCUUUUUGUGUCAAUAAUGAUGGUAAAGAUUCUAUUUCACACUCAGAAGUGGAAACUCUUUCAGAGGAAAAUUCUUGUGCUCCAGCACAUGGAUCCAUUGUGGUAUGUGAUGCUGCACAAUCUCAAACUUGUUCUGAUUAUGACACUACCCAAGAUCCAGUGUCCUGUAAUGGAGCUCUUGUCUCCGAUAAAUAUGAUGAAGCUCAGAUUGGUAAUGGAAGGUCAAUGACAAAGGUAACUGGAUCCUUGUUCGACUUUGAAACUCUAGAUGCUAUAUCUGAGGACACUAUGGCAUCUGGAAAACGUGCUGCCAAAUUUCAACCCAAGCCCAAAUUGAAAAAGGGGAAAGAGAAACCUUUGGGAGUUGAGUCUGCUAGACAUGUGCAAGCUGAACAUUUGGUUUCUUUUGAAACUCGAUGCAUGCGUGAGGGUUCAAUUCCUCACUUAGAAGUUCUUGAUGACACAUCUGCAAGAUUUGGUGAUUCAGUUGCUUUGGGUUCAACCUCUGAAAUCCAAGGCAAUUCAGAACCAAAAAAUGUUGCAGAAAUUACCCGUUCAGGUGAUGACAUUUUGGGGGAUGUCAUGAAUUCAGAGGAUGCUCCUGAUAUGCCUGAAGAAGUGAUUAAUAAGAGCGGAACUCAAAAAGCUUUUACAGAAUCAAUUCCACUGAGGAAGCACAAAACAUCUUCCACUAAUAGUGAGGGAAUUGAAGGUGAGAAGUCAUCUAGGGAGCUAAGGAAGCGAUCAGCUCAACAGCUUGUUGAUGAGCCAGUAGAUGAAGCUUGUGAACCUCCCAGUAUUUCUAAUACAGAUGUAGAUGAGGAUGAUGAUGAUGAAUAUAGAGAAAAUAGACCAUCUCAGAAGAAAAAGACUCCAAGAAAGCCUAAAAAACCUUUACCUGAAAGUGAUAAACCAGUCCGUAAGCGUACAAAAGCAAAUGAAGCACCUGAUCAGUCAACCAAAGUACCUCCUAAAAAGUUCUCCCAUUCAACUCGCCGAAACAGAAGGCAUGUGAACAAGGAUUUGCUUGACAUGCCAGAGGAUGAAAUUGACCCCCAAAAAUUAUCUAUCAAGGAUCUCAUUCUCCUCGCAGAGCAUAGGGAGCGCCUAGCGAUUAAAGAGGCAUCAAAGUCUAACACAACUCAAGCCAAUCAAAGUUCUGAAAAUUUCCUUAACAAAGAAGCUUCUCACAAUGAAGAGGAUAGCUUUGCUUCGGAACACGACAGAUACUCCGAAGAUGGCCAAGAAAGUUGUGGCAUUAAGCCAAGUUCCUCGUACAUCAAUUACCAGUCAUUCAUGAACAGAACACCCACUACAAGAUGGUCAAAACAAGAUACAGAACUUUUUUAUCAGGCUGUUCGGCAGUUUGGAACAGAUUUUUCCAUGAUACAACAACUUUUUCCUGAUCGAACACGACAUCAAAUCAAGUUGAAGUUUAAGAAAGAAGAACGCCAAUAUCCUUUAAGGCUUUCAGAAGCUGUGACUAAUCGGGCAAAAGAUCAUUCCCACUUCGAAUCAGUUAUCGAGCGGCUGCAACAAGAUGCUUCUCAUGCAAAACAGGAGUAUGAUAGAGAUGACUCAAUUGGUGUGGCAGGGAAAGAGGCCGAGGUGGCAGAGGGGCCAAUUCAUGACGCAAGUGCAGGAGCAACAAAAUCUGAGUUGGGUGAUAAUGUUGUUAAAGUUCAGGAAGCAGAUGUUGAAGUUCAUAGUCCUGCAAAGUCUGACAAAAGUGAUGACUCAGAUAGAUGGUUUGAUUAUGAUUAUUAACGAGCUGGCAUUCUGAUUUCUGACACUGAAUGAGGUCCUAGUUUAAGAAAGAAAAAUAGGUAAAAUUGAGAAGUCUUUAUUUAUUUAUUUUUUUUCCCCCCUCCGUCCACUCAUGGUGGAAUUUUCUCAUAUAUUUGCAAGUGUAAUUUAUCAUGCUCAUCUUAAAUUUUUGUAUGUUUCCUUUAAACACCUCUGUCUCUCUCUCUCUCUCUCUCUCUCCGUGCAUUUACACCUUCUCCACUGUAAAUAAUUUUACUUAAACCAAGACUAGGCAUUAUUACAAAUAUCAGUCCUCCAUGGAAGUUGUAGUAGUUGAUCACAUGUGAAUGGAAAUAGGUUGUACA